CUGCCUCCCGACGAGGACCGGGCUGUGAGCCUGCUUCUAUGCUUCUGGAUCCCCUUCCCCUUCACGGUGGGCUUGGUCGUGACCCGCUUCUACUGUCGGGGCAUGCGGAAGGACCUGGGGUAUGACGACUGGACGAUCCUGGUGGCCUGGAUGCUCUACACGGCGGCGGCAGCGAUGAGCACGGCGAUGGAGCUGCGCGGCGGGGCGCGCCAUGUGGCCUACCUCAGCGCGGAGGAGAUCCUGUACAUCGGGAAGAUGCAGAUCAUCAACCAGUUCCCGGCGGCGCUGUCGGCGAUGUGCGGCAAGAUCAGCGUGGCCCUGUUCAUCAUGCGCAUCUCGGGCCGCACCUCCAAGGGGCGCCGCUGGUUCCUGACCGUGCACAUCGGGCUGUACUUCUGCCUGACCGUGUUGAGCCUGUGCAUGCUGAUCGGCCAGUGCAAGCCCGUCCAGGCGCUGUGGGACCUGAGCCUGCGCACCUCGGGGCAGGCCACGUGUUUGGAUGCGCGGAUCAACACGGACAUCACCAUGUUGCAUAUAGCCUUCGGCGCAUACCUAGACUUCGUCCUCGCCCUGCUCCCGCUGAGCUUCAUCGUCGACCUGAAAGUAAGCCUACGCAAACGCAUCGUCCUCUUCUGCAUCCUCAGUCUAGGUAUCGUAGCAGGCGUAUGCGCCUGCAUCAAAACCAGCGAAUUCAUCCCGGCCACCGGCGGCACCGACCCGACCUGGGACGGCUACGCCCUCUACCUCUGGGCCUUCCUCGAGAUCCCCCUGGUAAUCAUCGCCGCAUGCAUCCCGCCGUCCAAACCGAUCUGGGAUUUCUUGGUGAAAGGGCAACCCAUCCGGCCCUCCAGCAACCACAGC